UCUUAUCUAAAACACUCUCUCCGAUUUCACUUCCGUUCAUCGCGGCAGUCUGAAAGCACACGUUGAAAAUCGGCAGUCUGAAAGCGAACGUCGCCGCAGGGACACCGUAGAGCAAAGCAAUGAAGCCUCGGGUGGAAAACGGUGUGGUGUACUCGCCUUUUCCGAGUGUAGAGGUGCCCCUUUGCUCGGUGUACACGGUCGUCAAAAAUGCGCUUACGGAGUGCCCGGAGCGAGUGGCUGUGGUCGACGAGGAUGGAAGGCUUACAAGCGGCCAGCUCUUCGUCCGGAUGAAGCGCUACGCUGCCGGCUUCCAGAAGCACGGCGUAUCGGCAGGAGAUAAAAUUUGCAUCCACUUGCGGAACAGCGUGGAAGGCUUCGCCGCCAUGUAUGGCUGUGUCUUCGCGGGGGCCACCCUCGUCCUUGCCAAGCCUUCUCUUACUGAAAGAGAGCUGCAAUAUCUCAUCAGCGACAGUGACUGCACGCACAUCCUUACAGACAGCAAGUUUGCAGCAAAAAUUAAAAGUGCAACUUCAUCAUUGUGCAUAAAGGGUUUGUUCGCUAUGGGCGAGGUGGAUGGGUUCGUGUGCGCGGCCUCCUUUCGAGACUUGGAUGAGGCCGGCUUCCGGGAGUGCCCAAUCGAGGACCCAAGAGACACGGUCCUCGCAGUCGUUUACACUUCUGGCACCACGGGGCUUCCAAAAGGCGUCGAGCUCACGCAAUACAGCUUCGUGGUCAACUAUUGCGUGGUCAAAGCGGGCAUGCUUUACGACACUGCGGACGUGGUGCUUGCCUCAGCACCCAUCACACACGUGUCAGGACUCCUGUGGACUCCGAUGUCCGUGCUGAAUGGAGCGACGUGCAUUUUGACACCACCCCUAUUGAGACUCCAAGACUUGGCUCCUGUUGUCAAGAAACACGGUGUGACGAGGGCGUUCUUCUUUCCCUCUCAACUUCGCGCCCUGUGCGAAGAGAUGCGACGCUCGGGGGAGCGGCUAGACACAAUUCGUCGUGCGGGCGUCGGCGGUGCGCCCCUCACUCGAGCCACAUACGAUGCCGCCAUGAAAGUCUUCGGCGGCCUCCGGAGUCUGGUUAACGUCUACAGCCUCACCGAGUGCGGUGGCAUCCUAUGCACACCAUCCACGAACGGCACCACAGACUUGGGCUUUCCGGCUUCCAUGACCGAACUCAAGGUGGUGGACAUUGUGUCCCGUCGGACGCUGGGCCCAAAGGAGAUCGGCGAAAUUUGCUUUCGCACUCCCACUGUCAUGCGUGGCUACUACAAGCGGCCGAAAGAGACAGCGGAGUUCUUCGAAGGUGACGGCUGGUGUAGGACAGGCGACGCUGGCUACUACGACGAAAACGGACGGUUCCACUUCGUGCAGCGUUUGAAGGAGAUGAUCAAAUGCAUGGACAACCAGGUCGUACCCGCGGAACUCGAAGGGCUACUGCUCCAGGAAUACUCGGGAGACAUCUCUGAAGUGGCCGUGGUGGGACUCGAGCACCACGAGCUCGGGCAAGCGCCUGCGGCUGCAGUCGUGCUCAAGAAAACACCCGGUCGCGAUGCACUCACCGGCAUUGCAGAUAAGAUGAAGGCUACCAUAGCAGGAAACUUGGCCAGGCACAAGUGGUUAUAUGGAGGCGUGUUCUUCCUCGACUCCCUACCAAAGACAGACACUGGGAAAGUCAACAGAACAACACUGCUUCAAAAGUGUGCUACUUCGACGCCUCUUUGAAGUUAUAGACUCAUCUUUGGGAAAUCAAACACUUAUCCUAGAUGGUUCAUCGUAAUAAAGCUGGCGUUGAGGCCCCGAAGAAAAGAGGUUUUAUUAUGCGUUAAUAAUUUAUUGCAUUCAGCACCAUAAAUUUUGUGGCGAAGUAAAAUACGAGUUGAUGAUUUUUAGGUUCUCGCGUAAUUUUUUUAAAAGUAGCCUGGAAAAGCCAGCAUAAUUCUUGCCCUUGAGCUGAAUUAUACGAUUAUACGACUAGGG